AUGCCGAGCCACAAGUCCUUCCGCACAAAGGUGAAGCUCGCCAGAGCCCAGAAGCAAAACAGACCCAUCCCGCAAUGGAUCCGUCUGAGAACUGGUAACACCAUCCGAGAAGACAUUGGAGAAAGACCCGUAUCGGUAUCUGAGCAAUUCGCCAACCGUCCUGCACGCCCGUCCUCCCUUCGACCCCACAAACAAAAAUACACCCAUCAAAAACCUCAUCCCGGAACGUACUUCUCUCCAUCAACUUUCCUCGUCUGUACUACGAGAAAUGUUCUCCGUGUGAUGGAUCAACUUUCUUCUUGA